CCGGCCAGGUCGCUCGCACGGGCGCGUGCUUCUGCUCUCGAAGCACGCCCACGGCGCUCCACGGUGCUUCGCGGCUCCCGCCCCAGCGGCGGCGCGAGGAGGGUUUCGGCAACAGCGGCGGGCGGAGAACAGGCAGGCACGCGGCCCCGGGUGAGAGGAGCUCGGUGUGGGCUGCAGUUUGGUUGAGGAAGGUCGGGGCUGAACCGACGCCUCCGUCUCAGCCGCAAUGUCGAGCUGGGCCGCCAGCCUCCGCUCGUCGGCGUCGGAUGCCACCGCGGAGAACGCCGGCGGCGCGGGGCGCGCGAAGGCGGCCGCGGGUGCGCAGGCCGGGAAGCGCGUCGCCCUCGGGAACCUUACCAACGUCGUCGGCGGCGGGGGCAGGUUAGGCGCGGCGGAUGCGAAAUUGGGUUCUACCAAAUCAAUUGUCGAUGUAAAGAAGGGAGGAUCUUUUGCAAGCCUUCGCAACGUGAACACGGGACGAGGUUCUAUCAGUGAACCGGCCUCUGACAAGUCUGAUUGGGCAUUAUCACAACAUGACAGUGCCCUUCAGGGGAAGAAUGUUUCUCGCCCUUCUGUGCCUAACAUUGUGACAACAGGUGGCAGCUCACCUGGCCUGUCCGAAGAUUCAGUCUCCAUGGAGGAUGCUAUGUCAACAUGUAAUUCAAUAGAAAGCUCUGAUCUUGAGUGCCUUGAUGAUGGGGACUCCUCAAUUGCAGCUUCUCUGCAUUGUUGGGCCAAUGAUAAACUUUGUAUCUCUGAUAGUAAGGAUGUUGCAGCCUUCAACUGGAGGAAGCAUAGUCCUAUUCCAAUGAAAACUGAUAAUAUCUUUGACCUUGACAACAACCACGAGGAUCCACAACUGUGUGCAACUCUUGCCUAUGAGAUUUACAAGAACUUGCGAGAUGCUGAGCAGACAAGGAAAAGGCCUUCAACGAAUUUUGUGGAAACCACUCAGACAGAUAUGAGCACAAACAUGAGGGCAAUGUUAAUAGACUGGCUUGUAGAAGUCACAGAAGAAUAUCGUCUUGUUCCUGAAACCCUAUACCUCACAGUCAAUUACAUUGACCGCUAUCUUUCUGUCAAAGAGAUCAGUCGGCACAGACUGCAAUUACUUGGUGUUGCUUGCUUGCUUAUAGCUGCGAAGUAUGAAGAAAUAUGUCCACCUCAGGUAGAAGAGCUCUGCUACCUUACUGACGAUUCAUACACAAAGGACGAGGUUUUGCAAAUGGAAGCUUCUGUUUUGAAUCACUUGAAGUUUGAGAUGACUGCACCUACAGAAAAAUGUUUUCUGAGGAGAUUUGUAUGUGCUGCUCAAUUAUGUGAUGAGGGCUCAACUUUGCAUCUUGAGUACAUAGCUAAUUACAUUUGUGAGCUGUCACUUCUGGAGUACAGCUUACUCUGCUAUGCACCGUCAUUGGUAGCUGCCUCUUCUGUUUUCUUGGCUAAGUUUGUCCUUAAGCCAACAAAGAAUCCAUGGAAUUCCACACUUUCUUAUUACACACAAUACACACCAUCUGAGUUGCAUGGUUGUGUAAGGGUACUACAUCGGCUUUUCUGUGUUGGCCCUGGAAGCCAUCUUCCUGCGAUUAGAGAAAAGUACAGUCAGCAUAAGUACAAAUUUGUAGCGAAGAAGUACUGUCCGCCAUCAAUCCCCAUUGAGUUCUUCCAGGAUGCAACCAGUUAAAAGCCGAGAUUAGUUGUAGUUACGGAAGCCUUCCUGGGCCGUUGGUGUGAGACUGAUUUGUACAGAUUGGCUUGUUUAGCGGAUUGCUAGAUGUACAUACACGGUAGAUGGAACCAGUGCAGCUGUGUUCAUUUUCCGGUGGCAAUGUUUGCGGUAGUGUUGUUCUUUCUUCCCACAUCAUCUAAUGCGUAGCUUCUGUGGUCUUUUCCCUCUUUGUAGUCUGUAUCCAUAUUGUACGAUCACCUCACUUGAGUCGUAGUUCAUCAUUGAUUGUACCAUAUGAUUCUGGACUUCCCUUCAUAACAAAGAUGGAUAGUUCGGCUAAAGAUAGUGGACUCAUU